AUGAAUACCUUUUAAUUGCUCAAGAGUGGAACUUCCUUUAAAAAGGACAAAAUUGCUCCAGAUGCUAAAUUCAAAAAGUCAGAGGAAUUAAAGCAAAAGCAAGCAGCUGAAGAAAAUGGAGGACAAAAGGAAGAUCCCCGUGACUAUCUGAACUAUGAGUCUGAUAAGGAGAUACCAGACAUCACAAAGCAAAUCAAGAAGUUAAAGAAGCAACUCAAAGCUACCACUGGGGAGAAGCCAAAGAAAAUAUAGAAGAUAGAAGAAUAAUACAAGCAUUUGGUUAACAAAAAGAAGGAAGUUAUGAAUUAGCUCAGAAAGAAGUAUAGAAUUAAGGUAGAGGGAGACAGCGUCCCAGACUUGAUAGAUAGCUUUGCAAAGCUGACCAAGAAGUAUAAACUUACUGAGUCCUUUAAUCACAAGCUUGCUGAGAAUCACUUUAAAAAACCUACUCCAGUUUAGAUGCAGGCUAUUCCAGUUCUGUUUAAUAAAAGAUCUGCAAUAGUACUUGCUGAGACAGGCAGUGGCAAAUCUCUUGCAUUUAUAGCACCAAUGCUGCAUCUACUUAAAAAUGGAGAUGGGCUAAAAGCCAUUGUAGUUUCACCUACCAGAGAACUUACUAUUUAACUCUAUAAAGAAUUCCUCAUGUUCAGUUAGAUAGGUAGUCAUAGCCAGAGUCCUCGUGUCAAAUUCCUAAGAAAGACAUUAUUCCCCAAGAAUGAGGAGCAAUAUAAUCAGUUGAUUUAAUCGACAGAAAUAUUGAUAUCCACUCCAUUGAAACUGGCUGAAUUAUGCUAAAAGCAUCCCCUAAACAAUCUAGAAUUCCUGGUAGUAGAUGAGGCAGAUAAGAUGUUCGAGCUAGGGUUCUUGGAGUAGAUUGAUACUAUUCUUAGUCAGUAGAACAAUUAGCAGAAGAUGUGCAAGUUCUUGUUCUCUGCAACUAUGUAGCCUGGUAUUGAAGACCUGGUUAGGACUAUAAUGGAUGAUCCAAUUAAGAUCUAGAUUGGUAUUAAGAAUGCAUCAAAUCAACUUAUUGAUUAGAAGAUUCAAUAUGUAGGAGAUGAACAAGGCAAGCUAAUGACUCUAAGAUAGCUUUUCCAGGCUGGAUUUGAGCCUCCUAUGCUAAUAUUUGUGCAGUCAAAGCAGAGAGCUAAGGAACUGUUCCAUGAAUUGAUAUAUGAAGGACUAAAUGCUAAUGUGAUACACGCUGAUAAGAAAAAGCAUGAGAGGGAUGAGAUCAUUAAGUAGUUUAGACUGGGUAAAAUAUGGGUGCUGAUUGCAACUGAUUUGAUGGCUAGAGGUAUUGACUUCAAAGGAGUUAAUAUGGUAAUCAAUUAUGAUUUCCCUCAGAGUAUAGUCAGCUAUAUUCACAGAAUAGGAAGGACAGGUAGAGCUGGUAAAGCAGGAAAAGCUAUAACUUACUUCACAGACGACGACUCUGAAUUCUUGAGAAAUAUUGCUAAUCUGCUUAAGAAAUCAGGACUUGAUGUUCCAGACUGGAUGCUGACUAUGAAGCCAGCCACAAGCAAGAGAUGGAAGGAAAUUGAAAAGAAGCCCAUCUAAAGAAGAACUAUAUCUACAGAGAUAGAGAAAAACACUAACAAGAGAUUUCAAAAACAGAUCUUAAAGGAGGGCAAGAGACUUUCUAAGUUAGCUCAAAAGUUCCCAUAAAAUAUCAAUCCAGUAGACGAAGAUGGAAAUGAGAUCAAUGAAGGUAAGUGGCAGAAAGAUGAUCACGAUGAAGAUGAAGCAGGCUAGGAAGUAUGGGAAGAUGAUGAAAAGCUAGGUUCAGAUGAGGAAUGGGGAAGCGGAGAUGAAGAGAUCAACUCUGAUGAAUGCUGA